AUGGAUGUCAUUUUAUUUCCUAAAAUAUUAGAGGGAAGCAAUAGGAAUUUGGAAGAAGUGUUUACUAUGAAGGAAGUUAAGGAAGUUGUUUGGGAGUGUGAUGGUAACAAGUGUCCGGGUCCAGAUGGAUAUAAUUUCAGUUUCCUUCACAGAUGCUGGAAUACUUUGGCAGGUGAUAUCUAUGCUUUUGUUUCUGAAUUUCAUAGUAAAGAAAAUCUCCAUAAAGUUGUUACUUCCUCCUUUAUAGCUUUGAUACCAAAGGUGGAAAACCCUCAAGUUUUGGGUGAUUGCAGACCUAUAAGUUUGGUCGAGAGUCUAUCCAAAAUCAUUGCGAAGUUGUUGGCGAAUAGGCUAAAGAAGGUGGUGGGGGAGUUGAUAUCAAGUUCUCAAAUGACUUUUAUGUCGAGUAGAUAA